CACUGAUAGGUGGCACUGACUGGCAUCACUGCUGGGCACUGACUGGCGACACUGCUAGGCAUUGACUGGCGCAACCGCUGGGCACUGACUGGUGGCACUGACUGGCAGCACUGCAUUGAUGGGCACUGGUGGGUGGCACUGGUGGGCACAGGUGGGUGGCACUGCUGGGCACAGGUGGGUGGCACUUCUGGAAACAGGUGGGUGGCACUGCUGGAUGGCACUGCUGGGCACAGGUGGAUGCACUGCUGGGCACAGGUGGGUGGAACUGGUGGGUGGUACUGCUGGGCACCGAUCAUCAGGGCACUGAUCAUCAGUGCCCUGAUGAUCGGUGCCGAUCCCUGCUCUGACAGCCGAUCACGGAGAUCACCCCCCCCCCCCCCCCCCGGAGCGCGCAGGAGAGCGCA